UGCAUCAGCAAAAUAUUGCUUGUCAUUUUAGGAACGUCAUUGUAACAUCAAAAAUUUCUGUAAAAAAGGAUUCUCUAAAUCAAUAAAAUGGGUGAGGCAGCAGAAAAUUUGAAUUAUGAUUGCAAUUACAAUAUGUUUCUUGCAAAAAUUAUGCUAUCCAAUUUAUCAAGACCUGAAGAUAGGCAAAAAGCUGUUAAAUGGAUGAAGAAGCUAGCGACUUGUAAUAGAAGUAUAGAAGAAAUGAAACUACGAAAUGAUUUCAUGUAUUAUUUAGUGGUUAAUAUACAACAGGGGGAAUUACAGCCUCCAUUUACGGACAAUCCUCCCACGAGUCCUUUACCAAACAUAGCAAACUUGUUGCCUGGAGGUAUAGCCGAAGUAGAAACCAAUGAAAUGGGAGAACCAUCAUCCACACAGCAGACCAAAAAGCCGAUGUUGUAUGAGAAUUCACCAGAUGGUGGAGCAUUUUUGGCGGCCCAACCAGUUCCCCGAUGUGGUGCAUUUUGCUAUCUAGCUGUUGUUGCAAGGGAACCUAAACAUGACUGAUAUAAUAAUGUUGGAAUUAUUUGUUCCUACAAUUAUUUUUUUACUAUCACCCUCACUUUUUCAAGUCAAUAACUACCUAUUAUAUAAAAAACACUGUUGAUAUACAAUUGUGAAAUUAAUGUAAGGUCACUCAUGAUUAUAAUGUCGUCAUUUUUAUUUUAAAAACUUAUGGAUUAAACAGAUUUUUU